UCUAUAUUUACAAUGUAUUAAUCUAAUACAAAAUCAGCUCUAUCAAAAGUUUAAUUACUUGGAGCUAUAACUUCUACUCCUCUUAAAACAAAUAAAUCUUAAUAAUAAGAUAGAGAAUAAUUAUACAAUAGUCAACUUAUGUAAAAAGCAUUGAUUGAAUCAUGCAAGAAGUCAAAAGAAAAUAGAAUGAACUCUCCUACAUAUAAAAUUACUGAUACUAUUGUUUAAGUAAAUUAUUAUUAUUCUAAUCAGGCUAAUUAAGAUGGUCAACAAUAGAGAUCAGGCAAAAAGAAGGCUUUAUUCAGUGGAAUUGAUUCUUAAAGCGAUCCCAUUAGAAAUGUACAUACAUCAUCUAAUAAAACUAAUGUGAAAUUGAUGAUGUUUAAUGAAGGACAUUUUAUGAAAAAAUAUUAAUAAUAACCAACAGAUAUUAAUUAAGAAAAAGAUUACAGAAGCUCUAUAAGAGUUUAUAAAUAAGAACCAAGAACUGAAAGUAACUAAAAAAAAUUAAGAAAGAGUGUUCCUGGCUAACCAGUAGCUAAAGAUCCAAUUUUAUCACCUGAUUCUAAAGUUGAUAAAAAAGUAUUUAAAUUUUAUAAUGCUAAUUUAGUUGAGAAUAUCUUGUCUUCAAUAAUCCGAAUAAAAAAAUAAAAUGGAAAGUAUUAGAACUUAUGGUCAUGCUAAUUCAUCUAUGGGAUUUCGAAAUAGUGUAAACUAAUAAGGGUAGUAGGAUGAUACUAGUCCUAGAAAGAUGAGAGAAAGUAAUACUUAUAAAAGUGAUAUGAAAAGUAUAUUAAGUUAAAAUGAAAAACUUUAAAAAUUAGUAAUUAAAUAAUUUUUACAAUAUUUUAGUAUUCAAGAACUGAUUAUAAAGGAUGUGAUAAUAUAAAGAAAUCAAAAAGAGUAAGUAUUAAAAUGGAUGUUCCUAGACCAACAUCUGCUUUUGCUUUAUUUGAUAAGUGA